UUGAAUGAAUAAACGACCUCAAAGUGAGUGGCAAAGAGAAUGGCGGCAUAACCAACAAAUUUACCAAAUUAAUCAUGAAUUAGUUAUAUAUACGUGUGGCUCACUCCAUUCCUCAAAUUUUUCACAUUUUCUCUCUUUCGCUUUCUUCAAUGGCUGAAACCUCAACCCUAUUCAGAUUCAGAUUCUCUUCUCCACCAUUCAACAAUUCCAUCAUUUCUCGUUCUUCCAAACCUCCUUUCUCAUUCAACAACUCUUUCCAUGUUUCUCCUUCUUCCUCUCAUCCUCGUCUUCUUCGUUUCUCCCCCAAAGCAACUCAUUCCUCCUCCAACAACGAUUUCUUCGAGUUCUUCCCUUGGUCCGACGACGAUAACGAAAUUCAAUGGGUUUCUCAGGACAAAUUUACCUUCUUCACCACUGAUGGACUCAUCCAAAUUGGAGGCAACAUGGUUCCUCGUCGCGUCAAGUCUUCUGAUAAGCAAGGGAAAUCCCAAACUGCUAAAAAAUAUCAGCGGUAUCAAGAGAGCAACUACAUGGAUCCCAAUCAAGGCCUUUGUCUAGGUGCACUCUUUGAUAUUGCAGCUACAAAUGGACUUGAUAUGAGCAGAAGACUAUGCAUUUUUGGUUUCUGCCGCUCGAUUGAGAUGCUUAGUGAUGUUGUGGAAGAUACUGUAUUGGAGCAUGGUGGGGAGGUGAUUGCCGCAGAGAAGGCAAGCAGAGGUGAUUUGCAUGAAAAGCUAACCAUGACUGUUGCAGUACCGUUACUAUGGGGCGUUCCUCCAGCUUCUGAGACACUUCACCUAGCUGUUAAAAGUGGAGGAGGAAUUGUAGACAAGGUCUAUUGGCAAUGGGACUUUCUGUAG